GGGCGCGCGGCGGUGCCACGGUGACAGGCAGAGGCGUGUGAGGCCACGGCGCAGGGACGGCCGGACGCACGACGGGGGCGGGUGCACAGGAGCCGGGGACGAGCGAGCGGAAGAGGUGCCGCGGGUGGACCGCUGUGCGAAGGACGCGCUCGCGCGGCGGUGCAGAGUGAGCGGGCGGCGGCGGCCCGACCCGCAGCCGGGAUGGUGUGGAGGGGCGGAGCUGGACGGCUGCUGGCCGCCGCGGUAUGCCUCUGGACGUGGGAACUGGGGUCACAUCAAGCGGCGCGACCGCCGCUGCUGGAGCCGGCCGCCAACCAGACGGUGCUGCAGCCGGGGGAGACGCUGACCGUCCGCUGCCGCGGCACCCGUCCGGUCACCUGGAGCACCACCUCCCUGGCCACGGACUUUUCCAGCCGCGUGACGAUAACGAAUGAGACGACGAGUGAUGCUGGCUACCCGUACGUGUCAACCUUGGAGAUCCGGGAUGUCGGCCACUUGGACGUCGGCUACCAGAGUUGCCAGCUGGCCGGCACCCCGUCUCAGGACCCGGCUCAGAGCGCCGCCAGGGUGUACCUCUUCGUGAACGACACGGAGCAUCUGCUGGUGCUGAGCCAGAAGGACAUGUUCAUCACCCUGAAGCCGAACGUGCCCGGUGUGAUACCGUGUCGGCCCAGUCACCCGGACGUGCGCGUCACGCUCAACCGGAACGGCAGAGAGAUCACCGAUCUUGCAGAAAAGUACAUGAUCUACAGGCCAACCGCUGGCUUCCUGAUCCAGUCCCCCGUCCUAUUCCACCACAGCGGCGCGUUUGUGUGUAAGGCGCGGUAUGGCGCCAAGCAGGAAACGCUGCCGGUAAUUCUGGUGUUCGCUCCGGCCACCGAGUCAGUGCCGAAGCCGCAAAUCGACAAGAGCGAGACGCGUAACGCCGUGGUCGGCUACAACUUCAGCCUCGUCUGCCGGGUGCACGUCGAGCCGGCUGUCCGGCUUGCGCUCGAGUGGCGCGUGCCGGCCACCAGCACCGGACUGCAGACGGGCCGCAUCCGUCAGGAGGCCGAGACCACGCAGAACUCGGCCGUCACCAGGCGGCUGGUGGUGACGGACGCGCGACGGGAGGACGAGGGCAGCUACUCGUGCACCGGCCGAGACCAUAACGGACUCACCAACAGCCGCACUGAGUACAUUCGCAUCUACGAUGCCGACCAGGCCAGCGUUGAGCUGAUCGCGGCCAAGACAGAGUUUGACAUGCGUUUGGGGACCAGCGUCAAGAUUGUCGUCAAUGUGAAGGCGUACCCUAGGCCCGAUGUGGUCUGGUAUAACCCUGGCGGCGGCGAGAUCCACAACACGGCCAAGCACGCGGUGUCGACGCCGUUCGACCAGACAAUCCUGGAGAUCUCCCACCUCCAGCUGCGGGACAUGGGCGAGUACACCGUGGUGGCCACCAGCCCCAACGGCAAGGCCAACGACUCUCUCGCUGUCCGGAUCAUCGUGCGGGACCAGCCGCGAGUGCACCUGGACGACCCGCGGGAGUACUACAUGGCCGGCCGGCGUUACACGCUCUCCUGUGACGUCACCGGAUUCCCGACCCCACGCGUCAUGUGGCGCUUCGUGCCGUGUAUGAACGAGCCAUGCGACGCGCCGGACACCGAGCUGAACUUGACGCGGCCGAACGAGGAGGAAGAAGUCUCGCUGUCGUCCAAACCGUACCAUGUGCAGAGCAACCUGACCGUCACGGCCAUCAGAUCUGGCGCCUACAAGUGUCUGGCUCGCAACAGUCAGCACCCGGAUGGGGAGGCAGAGGCCUGGCAGCGCUUCUUUGUUACAGACAUAGCGGACGGCUUCGACUUGGUGAGGCCCGGCGUGCCGGUGGUCGAUGGUGACAGCGUCAACAUGACCUGCGCCGGCAGCAGCCUGACCUUCCGCAGCCUGGACGACCUCGUCUGGCACCGGAGCGCAGGCGGCGACCAGCGACUGGAUCCUGUCACCAGCCUGCCAGGGGUGAGCCUGGUGGAGGAGACUACCAAGUACUCGUAUCGCAAGGUACUGGUGUUCGACCCUGCCCGACUGCAGCACAGCGGCCUGUACCACUGCUCGGGGCUCGACAUCACCGGCAUCAAGAACCGCAAACAGGAGUGGUUCGGUGUCAUACCGGCGCUGCUGCCAGCGUUCACGAACAGCGCCAACAUGGACGCGUCGGCUAGUCUGCAGCUGGAGGUGGGCUCGCCAGCCGAGCUCAACUGUACUGUCACCGGCCGGCCGCCGCCCGUCGUCACGUGGACCAAGGAUGGACGGCCGCUGAAGCUGGACAACAGCGAGCGCGUCCGGCUGUCCUCCGACGGCCAGCGUCUCAUCAUCGGCGCCGUUCUCAACGACGACGCCGGCAACUACGAGUGCCGAGCGGAGAACAGGAAGGGUGCGCUGCUGGGUUCGGCCGAGCUGGUGGUGCCGGACGACACCACCAUCAUGCAUGUGGUCGGCGCCAUCACCGGCGUGCUCGUACUCUGCCUGAUCGCCGUUGCGGCUUGCUUGGCGUGGAAGUGCAAGCAGCAGAAGACGCUGCAGCGCCAGCUGCUGAGCCAGGCCGAGCUGAACGACUUCAAGAGGGGCAAGAUGAGCCAGUUCAAUCCCAGCUUUCCGAUCGAUGAGCAGGCGGCGCUGCUGCCCUAUGACAGCGAAUGGGAGUUCCCCAAGGAGCGGCUCUUCCUCGGGCGCCAGAUCGGGUCCGGCGCGUUCGGGCGCGUGCUUCGGGCGGAGGCCAUUGGCCUGACACCUCGCCAGACCCGGACGGUGGUGGCCGUCAAGAUGCCGAAGUCCGGCUCCGACCCAGACCAGAUUCGCUCGAUGAUGUCCGAGCUCAAGAUCAUGAUCCAGCUGGGCAAGCACUUGAACGUGGUGAACCUUCUGGGCGCCGUCACCGUACAUGCUGAGCACGGUGAAUUCAUGGUUUUGGUGGAAUAUUGCCGCCAUGGAAAUCUGCACGACUACCUCCACCGACACAAGAAUGGGUUCAUAAACCAGGUCCACCCCAUAAGUGGUGAAUACGACCCCAGCCUUGGCGCAGAAGAGUUCCGGGCGGCCAUGCGUCAACACCAAACAACGGAAAACACGCCGCUCAACUACGCCAUGCUCGACCAUGCCUCCUCGGCUGGAGGUCGGCUGAGACUGAUGUCUGGUGGCAGCUACUACCAGACGCCGCGGCGGGGCAGCGCCACCUCCAGCGUCGGCAGCGUCAGCUGCAGCACAGGCGGCACCGUUACCGAAUCAGUGUGCGAGAGUCCCAGCGCCGCAGUGGACAGCACGAACCGCUUCACCACCAGCGCCACAGCACGUCAGCAGCGGAGCCCGCUCACCACACGCGACCUGCUGCGCUGGAGCUACCAGGUGGCGCGCGGUAUGGAGUACCUGGCCUCGCGCAAGCUGCUGCACGGCGACCUGGCGGCGCGCAACAUCCUGCUCGCCGAGGACAGCAUCGUCAAGAUCUCCGACUUCGGCCUCUCGCGGGACAUCUACAAGACGCGUGACUACAAGAAGAAGAGUGGCAAGGGCCUGCUGCCGGUCAAAUGGAUGGCGAUCGAGUCGCUCCAGGACAACAUCUUCUCCACGCAGUCGGACGUCUGGUCGUUCGGCAUCGUCAUGUGGGAGUUCUUCUCGCUCGGCGCCAGUCCCUACCCGGGCAUGGAGUACGAUGUCAACUUCGUCAGGCGGCUGCGGGACGGGUACCGGAUGGAGCUGCCCAAGUUCUCGCCGAAGGAGGCGUAUCGUCUGAUGCUGCACUGCUGGCACGAGCGUCCCGGCGAGCGGCCCAACUUCACCGAGAUCAGCGAGAGGCUGGGCCUCUGCCUGGAGGACCACGUCACCAUGGAGUACAUGAAAUUGAACGAACCGUACAAGCUGAUGAACGAGGAGUACUUCGCGCGGCGCACCGACUACGUGAACGUCAUCGUCAGUCCCGACUACCAGAACGUGACGGCUCAGGACCUGACAUCGGAUGACAGCAGCGAUGACGCGUCAGGACAGGUCACCGUCUGCCCUCGUCUGCAAGCGGUCGGAUACAUGUCGCCAGACAAAGGUGGUCGCGUGCCGUCGAGGCUGACGGACACCGACAGCUACCUGCUGAUGACGCCGGCGCCAGACCAGGCGCUCCGCAGCACCUCAAUCUUCUCGCCGUGGCCGGCGGACGCCGAGCGGCCCAACUCGCACUUCGAGUUCCCUCCGGCGCCGCAGCUGGCGCCAGCGCCGGACUCGCCGCCGCCCGCCUUCUCGAACCCCUCCUACCAGGGUACGGGCCGCGUGCCGUCCACGCACGAGACGGACACGAGGGCGCCGCCGGCUUUGGCGGCCGUCGGACAGGGCCAGGAGCACUACCGCCACCCAGUGCCGGUCGGAUGUGAACAGUUGGUGUGAGCGACGCUGGGGGCUCGGGACCGGUAGCGCGUAGACGUGUGUUAUGGCGUCGUCACCGGGAGUGCUGGCGCUAGCGUGCGUGGCUGGCGCGACUUGAGGUCAGUAUGCGCGUGACCUGUGCGGGUGUGCCUGGGAGCUUAGGACGACGAAUGCGGCUCUGUGAAAUAAUACGGGGUCAUCGUUACGUGUGGAAGCUAGUGCUCGCUAGAAUUGUUCGCUGUAUUUGCAUGCCUUUUUUCGACAUUUAGACAUCAUGGUUUUGAAAGACGUGUACUUGAUGAGAAGCGAAUUGACCUUUCUCUCAUUUCUAUGCCGAAAAACUUUCAUCAUCAAACAAAAGGUGCACAAAAUGCAUCCCAGCCUGGGCUUUGUUCUGCUCUUAUUGCGGGAGAAACUACGCGAAACAACCAUUUGAAGCGAUGAAAAUGAUCUCCUUGCGGCACAAUCCUAAUGGCAGAAACGAAAACGUUUGCUCAUACUGCUUUUCCAUAUAUAACACUUAGCCCCAAAAUAUCGGCACUCCUUGAUCUGCUUAUCUUGUAAUGUAGAUGACGUGUCCUGGGAUUUAAAUUACAUGUAUCAAACAACGCAAUGUGGUGCCGCCGAUUUUACAAACACCACGGAUAUAAACGCUCCACACACGCUUAAUUUAGGCAAAAAAGCUCAUCAGUCUAGUGUGAUCACGCGGCCCGCAUCCAAUUCUAGGCAUUCCAAUUCUAAGCACAUGCUCACAUCAGGCACAUUGGCAUCACGCGUUCAUAUUCACGCAUAAAGCGUCUCAUAUGCUCUUACACUUCUGUAUCAGCGGGCUGUUGGCUGCGAAGUGUAGGAUCAUACGAGAACGCUUACACCUACGUGUCGACAACGGAGGUAUUGCACUUAAAUGUCGGGCGAAGACGUGUGCUCAGACGGUUUCCCGGGCAUUAGGCGACGUGGGGCUGCAUAAACCUCUCAAGGGAGCUGCGUUUUGGCCGCUUAAGUUCAUCGUGUGAGGCUUGUUUUGAUCCGCUGUCUUCGAACAAUUGGCUCCAUGGUAAGCACCGAGUCCUAUUUGCUAUGCGGCACGUUGAUCUUUUCUUAUUCUUAGUCAACAUGUUCAUACCUUUUACCAUGUUCUAUCCCUCGAAGCACCGUGGGCAUCACAGGUAGUGCUUAUUUCUAGGUAUAUGCUAUAUUUGGAAGAACUACAUGAGCAGCCAUGUCAUAUAGUACUAGGAGGAUUGUGCCACUAGUAAGUAAGUUUAAUUGCUUUGAAUGGCUAUUUUGCUUAGUUUCUCUUCAAAUUUCAACGAGAGGCAUAGAGCGAAAUACGCUGCAGCUUCCCGCAGUGCAUUAAGGCAAAACUUAAAGGUAAACUAUUUUUCUAUACAUGUUUGGUAAAAGGGGUCCUUUAAUCCUGCCUUGCCCCAAACGGUGCAUUGUUUCCCAUCUUCGUAUGCCUUCGGGCUGUUGACAACUAAGGUGAUCUAAACGUCUCCUCAUCUGUCAAGUACUUCCAAUUGCAAAAGGAUUCCAGCAUUCAUGACGCAUGAUGUGCAGGUAUCAUGUUCAAAGCUGUUCAGCCGGGGAGCAAACAUUGACGUUAUGUUGGACGACGGCGGUGCCAAGUGUCUGUCUGUGAUUUGGCCAUGGGUGUAUGUCAGUAUCCUCAGCUUGCUGCAAUUGUAUCGUACUGUUCUUUCCAUCGACAUUUGGAAAAACUGUUGCCCAGCCUUGUAUCGUGCGUGCCACUCCUGUACUCGCCGCGUAUCCCCGAGCCAUUUUCGCGGAGGCGUGUGCGGAAGCUUUCUGCUCUGCUUUCAAUGUGUGGUCGAUGAAUGCCGCGCUUGCGCCGACUUAGCUUGUCUCACACCAUUCUAGUGGACCAUGCCGUGAUGAGAGCCGCGCGGCUGGUCCCAACCUGUGCUGCGUUUGAGAACGCUACGGCAAAGUCCACUGCAGUGAAAUGCGUUGUCAUGGAGUGUGCUGCAAGCCAAGGGUGUUUCCAAGACGCCGCGAUCUGGGCAAAGCUCAAAAUGAUGUCCUGAUUUUCAUAGGACCGGAUUUCUUCUCAGUCUAAGCUUUACUUCUGUGAGUUAAAGAUUUUCUUUAAAGUCCAAAGGUGUGCGAAUUUUUGGCUGACUUCACCCAUCUUGAGGGGCAGGAGGGACAGCACGUUCCGACUGGUCCCUUCUUGGAUACGCCCUUGAGCCGGGAACACGGCAGAUAAGAGCGGAGUGCACUGCAGGGGAGCGUGCUGCGGCGGACUCUGUUGGGCUGGGGUGCACUUUCAUGGAGAAUAUUGAAAUGGACCACAUUGCAGUAGACUGCGCUGCCGAGGGGUGCAUCACUUACGUGCAUGCAGUGGACUCAGUUGGGGCGCGCUUCAGCAGGGGCAUACGGAAGUGGCGUGUACCUCGCAGUGGCGUCGGCGCCGUCCUGAGCCCGCUGAGCGGCCGACACCAGCACCGUCGUCGGCAGGCGGCCAUGUUCGACGGCGUCGCCACCACGGACCUGGUGGCGACACCGUCGAUGUGCGACGCUCCGUCACUGUGCCGUCGCGCCCGACACUGGCAGAUCGUCUAAGUCAGUCGCCACUCGCGUGACCGUGCGGUCGCGGCCGGUGUGCAAGGUCCGCCGCGUGCUGAUCAUCCUGCCGUCACAUGCCAUGACCGGUGCGAGGUAGUGCUCUAACGGGUACCGUUUUCGGGCUUGGCCUUUUCUCCUGUCGUGGCCAUAUAAAGACAAUGCGGUUUUAAAUGUCGCUGGAGACACGGACAUCCACGAUAUGCUGAUCUGGAGUCCCCUCGUUCUGAUCAUACGCUAGCAUUCUUCCCCACAUGAUGUACACAAAAUGCGCGUCAAGUUUAUUUAUGACAGGUUUGAUACUCACAUGGAAAGCAGUUCAAACCGCAGUCGCGCUGUGCCAUAUAUAUUUUGAGUGAAUAGAAACUGAGUUCCGUGAAUACAAACUGAGCUUGAGUGAAAACAAACUGAGAAUACAAACACAUACAAACCGAAUGUGAAGAGCUUGAAUUUACUCAGCGUUAUGCAAAUAAUCAGCAUAGAUACCGAACACUUACGUCCCGCAGUAGCACCCCGAGAAUGAGCGGCGAGCUGGCGCGAUGUACCUCACGACCUGUGAUCGCGUUGACAGUGUCGACCCAUUCCGGUGCAACGACGAGGACUCUAACACUGUGCUACCCUUAUCCAAACAAGUUCUACACGUCCCUCUCGCGUGUCCGCCGCGCUGGCAAACUGCCAACUCUUGACACAGAGGCGCGCUCUGGGCAAUGUCAGGGGGCGAAUGCAUAAGCCGUUUGUUUU